UCCAUCGUCUCUGUAUCUAGACACACACUCCCACACAAUACACAAGCUUCAGAAGAGGUAAUCCAAUGGCGUCGCUCGUGAACAAGCCGCUCACUUCUCUGUGCACCGUCAACAAGUCAUCGGACAGCCGUUCGCCGGCGUUAUUCGCCGCCAAACGCUGUCGCAUCGGUGCGCCGAAGCUCGGAAACAGCGCCAGGAUUUCCACCGGGGGCGAUUUGAGUAGAAAGAUUAGCGCCAAUUCUAAUAGAAUUGUUUGUAAAGCAAUUUCUCUGGAGGCGGAGACGGAGAUUGAAGGACUCAAUAUUGCUGAAGAUGUUACUCAGCUCAUUGGAAAUACACCAAUGGUUUACUUGAACAAUGUUGUAAAAGGCUGUGUUGCAAAUAUAGCUGCAAAGCUUGAAAUUAUGGAGCCAUGUUGCAGUGUCAAGGAUAGGAUAGGACUCAGUAUGGUUACUGAUGCUGAGCAGAAAGGUCUUAUUACUCCAGGAAAGAGUGUAUUGGUUGAACCUACCAGUGGAAAUACGGGAAUAGGUCUUGCAUUCAUUGCUGCUUCAAAAGGAUACAAGCUCAUCUUGACAAUGCCGGCAUCCAUGAGUCUUGAGAGAAGGGUUCUCUUGAAAGCAUUUGGAGCUGAGCUAGUUUUAACUGAUGCAGCUAAAGGCAUGAAAGGAGCUGUUCAAAAGGCUGAAGAGAUAGUCAAUAACACCCCAAAUGCAUACAUGCUUCAACAGUUUGAUAACCCUGCAAAUCCCAAGAUUCACUUUGAAACCACUGGCCCUGAGAUCUGGGAAGAUACAAAAGGUAAGGUGGAUAUACUUGUAGCUGGCAUUGGCACUGGUGGAACCAUUACAGGAGUUGGCCGUUAUCUCAAAAAAUACAACCCUAACGUCAAGGUUAUUGGUGUGGAGCCUACUGAAAGCAACAUACUGUCUGGUGGAAAGCCUGGACCUCACAAAAUUCAAGGGAUUGGAGCAGGUUUUAUUCCGAAGAAUUUAGAUCAAGAUGUGAUGGAUGAAGUUAUAGAGAUAUCAAGUGAUGAAGCUGUGGAAACUGCAAAGCAAUUAGCUCUCCAAGAGGGCCUGCUGGUUAGUGGGAUAUCUUCUGGAGCCGCUGCCGCUGCUGCUAUCAGAGUUGGAAAGAGACCUGAGAAUGCAGGAAAGCUUAUAGCGGUGGUGUUUCCUAGCUUCGGUGAGAGAUACUUAUCGACGGUUCUUUUCCAGUCCAUAAGAGAAGAAUGUGAGAAGAUGCAGCCCGAAGCAUGAAAUUUGUUCCAGUAGAAUCGAAUAGCUUAAUAAGAGUGUAGAUUGGUGGAUUUUGCACUCCAUUUGUUGACGACAUCCGAGAAGGGUGAGUUUUUGUCGUAGCGAUGUAACAAUGGUGCAUUUGUUGAAGGAGGUCAAAUUCUAGUAAUUCCGCCAAACUGAAUAUUUCUAUUGGAUUUGUGUUCGGUUUCCAUAGUUAAUUUGGUGUUGUUUGGGUUUA